AAAGAUUCAAAGAGGAAAAAAAACGUUCUUCUUCCUCACCGUCCGGUCAAACAGACAGAUCGCGAAGCGAACUCGGUAAACGGAAAGUGCCCUAACCAGCGAUUUGAAGGGGGAAGGGCCAAAGAUGCAUUCUUUUGGUUACAGAGCCAAUGCUCUGCUCACGUUCGCCGUCACGAUUCUCGCGUUCAUGUGCGCGAUCGCCUCCUUCUCCGACAAUUUCAACAAUCCAACUCCUUCUGCUCAGAUCCAGAUAUUGAAUAUCAACUGGUUUCAGAAGCAACCCCAUGGAAAUGAUGAGGUCAGCUUGACACUGAACAUAACGGCAGACUUGCAAUCACUAUUUACUUGGAACACAAAGCAGGUUUUCGUGUUUGUAGCGGCAGAGUAUGAAACCUCGAAGAAUUCCUUGAACCAGGUUUCUCUGUGGGAUGAUAUAAUACCCGAGAAAGAACACGCCAAAUUCUGGACCCAAAUCUCAAACAAGUACCGUUUCAUUGAUCAGGGACACAAUCUCCGCGGCAAAAACUUCAACUUGACAAUGCACUGGCAUGUCAUGCCCAAGACUGGGAAGAUGUUUGCUGACAAGAUAGUGAUGUCUGGUUACCGUUUACCAAAGGCAUACAGAUGAUGACAAGGUCGAGUUUUUAGGGUUUUUGGUUUCGGUUCCAGUGGAAGAUUUGGUCUUUUAUACUGUAAAACCGGAAGAAGAAUUUCAUGUUUUGGGCAUUAAGAGACACCAGGGAGAGGUUCUUCAGUUGUUCAGACGCUUCAAUUCCAUGAUGCUAAGCAAUUGUUUUCCGGGAAAA